GCCGCUUUGAUGAGGUUGAUUGAGGGCGCCUGAUAACAAAACAUGAAUAUUCCCGAACAUAAACAUCAAGUUGAAGAUAAAAAACGAAUAAAAACAUGUGGAGUUUGAAGAUUGUUGUCGCACAGGUUCCUAUUUUCGUUUUAUCCAGUUAGGAGCAGCCAUGUGUUUGUUCUGCUCUACGAUGAAGUGGGAAUGGCCUAUUAGACUUUGAAUAAAAUUACAAUGAAUAAUUAAAUGCUCAGAAUGUCAAAAAGAACUUCAAUCCAUGCAAAGAAUGAUGGAAUGCAGAUCAAGAGUGAAGGAUUGCUUCAUAGAGAUGAUUCAUUGGAAGACCAAUCAGAGAUGCCGGCCAACGCGACUUUAUUAUGGGAUGUCUCCAACAGACUGCAGAGACUUGGAUGGAAACGUAUUCUCCUGAUGUUGGUUGUGUUUCGAUGUAUCAAUGCAUUGCUUGUUCAGACGUGGUUCGUCCCUGACGAAUAUUGGCAGGCGGUAGAGGUUGCUCACAAAAUGGUUUUCAAAUAUGGUUACCUGACGUGGGAGUGGGAUGCUGGUAUCAGGGGAUAUCUUCAUCCCCUUCUCUUUGCCAUUCUAUUCAAGAUCUUGCAGUUAUUACAUCUGGACUUUCCUUUGCUUCUGAUUCACAGUCCACAUAUUCUUCAAGGUGUGUUUAGUGCUGUGGGUGAUCUUCAUAUUUACUUGUUUGCUAGAAACCUGACCAGUCCAAGUAUUGCAUUGCUUAUUCUGAUUAGUCAUCUAUCGAACUGGUUUGUGUUGUUUACAGCAACUCGUACGUUAGCCAAUACCAUGGAGAUGAUUUUAACGUCUGUCGCACUCUCAUGCUAUCCUACUACAUCAGCAUGUCAACAACAACACAGGGCAGUAUAUCUUGUCAUUGUUGGCUUGGCUUGUAUCAUCAGACCAACUGCAGGCAUUGUUUGGCUGCCACUUGUGUUAUGGCAUCUUGCGGUUGAAUCACACAAACUGAAAUUCAUCUUUACUUAUCUUGCUCCUAUUUGUUUCUGCUCACUAUUAUUGUCCCUUGCAGUAGACCGAUUAUUUUAUGGAAAAUGGAUCAUCGUUCAACUGAAUUUCCUCAAGUUUAAUCUGCUGCAUGACAUGGCUGAUUUCUAUGGCGCUCACCCUUGGCAUUGGUAUAUAACACAAGGAUUUCCAGUUCUGCUUGGACCUCAGCUUGUCCUAUUUGUCAUUAGUGUCGUGUACCACGGUAAACAAUUGAAGCAUUGGCUGUGUCUCAUUUUCUGGACUAUAACUGUAUACAGUAUCUUGGGUCACAAGGAGUUUCGUUUCUUGAUGUCGUUGCUUCCUAUUGCUGCAUUGUUUAAUGGUUUAGCAAUGCUAAAGAUGUUGAGAACAAAGCUGUCUACAGCCCUGCUGUCAUUACUCCUCACAACUAGCAUCAUUAUGGCUUUAUACACAGGCCUAGUUCAUCAAAGGGGUGCUAUACAUGUCAUGGAAUACCUAAGAUGGGUAGCAGCAUCUGGUGGAACAGCAUCAGUCAUGUUUCUUAUGCCCUGUCACUCAACACCUUACUAUAGUUACAUUCACACAAACAUCACGAUGCGAUUCCUAGAGUGCCCUCCAGACCUUCACAGAAAAGCAGAAUAUGUUGAUGUAGCAGAUGUAUUUUAUAGGAACCCUAAAGAGUGGCUGGACAAAGAGUUUAACUUAACAAACAAACCACCAACCCACUUGGUUAUGUAUGACAGGCUGGCAAAUCAGAGUAUUGAAGAAUUUUUACAAUUUUGGGAGUUUAAAAAGUGCCAUGAUGUCUUCCACUCACAUUUCCCAGAUGGUAGGGUUGGAACUCAUGUUCUGGUUUUCUGUCGAAACGAAGUUGUUAGCUGACCUUUGUGUGACUAGUAUGUUACAGUUAGGUGCAAUUUACAGCCUCUUUAAAUGUCUUCGCAAAGUUAAUCAAAAUUUAGCUCAACACAGUCAAUAUAAUAUAUCUUUAAAUUAAUCAUAUAAAUAAAUACAGUACUGGUAAAUAAAAUAAUAGAUCAAAAAUAUUUAGCAGUCCCAAGAAAAACUUUAUUUGGCAGGUUUUCCAGAAAGAAAACUAAGUGCUAAAAUUUUAUCAGAUGGUAAAUUGUAUAAACUGAAAUUGCAAUGUAACAAAAUGACCAUUAUUUUACUAAGUAACAGUAUACUGUGCUAGUAUUUCUACUUGUUAAGCAAUUAAAAUAAUUAUAAAGUUU